GAGAGAGAGAGAGAGAGGCUGCUUGUUGGGCGCUGGGAUUGUCAUGGCUGAAGAAUUGCGAUCGAAGUGGAUUGACAAUGGUUCACAGUGAGAGAGGUUGAGAGGUGCGGUGAGAUCAUGUCGAUCCUUUCGCAAUUCUGCAACUCAUAGCGGUGGACGAUUCUGCUUGCGAUCGAGUCGAAACUCUCGGAAUCGGACAAUAGACGGAUUUAAUUUGUGCGAAUUGCGUGCAAGGUAUAAUACGCGAGCGAUUUGAUGUCGAGGCGCUACGAUCGUCGAGGUGUACAGAUGUUGAAAGUCGUAUGAGAAUGCCGACCGCUUUUGUAGCAGUAGCUUCGCUCGCUACUCAGUGUUCGGGCCCUCCUUGAAAUUAUUCAAACUCUGGAAACUGACGAGCAGGAAUUCUAUCACCUUGUUAUCUUCUCUCUUCAUCCAGACACUUCUCCGGACGCACCCACGGUCAAGGCGCGUGCAAUUUCGAACCAGUCGACGUCCAGAUUCUAGGGGUUGAAGCUCUUCGCUCUUCCUGAUGUACAGCUUCCGACUGCAAGAGCGAAAACCUUCCACUUCUGCGCCAAAUCGCCCGCACCUCACCUCAACUCAACUGCACUCAAGCAGCAGCCGAGUGUUGUCGUGUUUCCCGCUGAUGCACGAUCGAGCGCUCACUGGUUCCGAAGCGAUGCAGUACGGCACGCCUCGAUCGCAUGAAUCGCUCACGACAUAAUCCUGUCCAAGCUUGACACGUGCCUCGCGCUUCAGGACGCAAUUAAAGCGCUCUCUCGUAUGGAAUCUCGACCCCUCUUCUCUCCUCCGGCAGAGGCAGAGGGUUGAGGCUACCAUUCGGACCGUGAAGAGUUCCGUGAAGAGCUCGAUGGACAAAUGUUGCUCAAGCUGUCAGGGCCGGGACGUGGAAUGAAUUUGGCGGCGGCGGCGGGUGAGGGUGACAAGUGUACCAAUUCGCGGAGGGCUCUGAGGUCGGGAGCCGUACAAGCCGAAGAAUGUAGAGACAGCACUUGAGUAAUGAUGAUGAGCAAUUUCGCGCUUCUUCUGAAUGCGAGUGGCCGCGGCAAGCGAGUGGCGAGUACGGAGAUAGUGUUAGAAGUGUAGAGGGUGGGUGCGGCUCGUGCGUCAAUUCCCAUCGGAGCUGUUGUGUCGGUCUCGCUGCCUGAAAGAGGAGAUCAAUUUGUCGAUCGAGUGUCGGCAGGAAAAGCGCAACCGCUUGAUUUCCCAGGAAACGCUGUCUUGGUCGGAGUGUCGAUACCCACCACGACGAGCCCUGUGUCGACCCUAUUGCACGUCUGAGCGAUAUCUAGAGCCUAUGAUACGUGAGAAUUGAGUUUGUCUGCCCUCUGUCGAACCAUGUAGUCACUGGCGUCUGCAUUGCGGUCCUAGAAGUUGCUCAAGGAGAGGUGCCCUGUCGCGAAUCUGACCAAAUUGUACACAUUGCAUUCCAGCCGUGAGUGUCGCUCUGUGUCUCAUGAGAUAAUCAAAUCACCGAGUCAAAAUGUCUCUAUCAUUCACGACCAGCAGCUGGCUGAAAAAGGAAGAGGAUAACCGUCCUGUCAUCAGUGGCAAGGUGCCAGGCGUGAACCUGUGAACACAUUCGUUUGAAAUCAGUCCAAGUACAAGACACGGUGGCUUAAGGAGAAAAUAUGGAUACGGCUGUAGACCACAGCAAGAAGACCAUGUUCACGAAUCCAGCUGAGUGGGAGGAAAGUUACAGGCCUCUGCCUUUCUUGUUCUUCGGACUCCUCGUCGUUUGGAUCAUCCUAGUGGGAGUAUGGACGAUCAACACUUGGAGCAAGAGAAGAUGGCAGACAAGCAAUUUGCAGUGGGUACUGACAGCCGUGCCAGUCCUCAAGGCUCUUGUUCUCGGACUUUCUUUCGUCUUCUGGUAUUCUUGUUUAAAUCUAAGCUCAUGUUCAUUCUGGGUGGCAUUUGGGGUGUUCGUUUCUCGGAUUUUUUUUGAGACAGCAUGCUUCAUAGCCUUUCUACUCAUAUCACAUGGUUACUGUAUCAUGCACGAGCAAUUGUCCAUCGCCGAGCGUCGAUCUAUAGCAGGACUUGCAUCACUAUUGUAUCUAACUCUCACUGGCUACAAGGCUGCUGUACCUCAAUUUGCGGUACUGGUGGUGUUAAUAUACCUUGUAAUGCUAUAUGUCAUAUUCCUACAUGUUUCAAGAAACUUGACGGUGCUAAGAGAGCAGCUGCAGCACAUACAGGACGAAGGCGUUCACAUGAUGCACACUGCCAUCUCCACCAAAUACACAAUGUUCAAAAAGUUUCAGGGCGCAAUGCUUAUGAUGGUGGUAGCCGAAGUCCUGAUGCAUGCGAAAGCAGAAGGAGUAGCAAAUGAGUACUGGAUGCGCCUGCUUGUACGGGAGUGGACAGAAAUCGGAAUUUUUUUCUACAUCGGGUGGACAUUCAGAUCGAGGGAGCUCACUCCAUUUUUUACAGUCAUUCCCACGUUGCAUGUAUCAGGCCAGCGGAUGCUACCUCCUAUCUACAGCGUUGAGAUGAACGAGAAGCAGUUCAACAGUUUGGACUUCAAAGAAUGGCACAUCGGCGUGCCUACAUCGUUGUCCAAAAGUGGAACCGUGCACAGGCCAAUGCUCGUGAUUGUUCAAAAUCCUGGAAUGUCAUUCUCGGAAGACCCAAGAUCGACCUCUUCAAAAAACAGUAUCAAGUCACAAAAAACCGUCGUGGUGGACCAUCUUUGUGCCGAGUCACUAACUUCCGUCUCAUCAAACUCGGCACCGCGGACCCCGAUGGAAUUUGGUCACAGCACUCCAAGAUCCCAAAAUUCUUCAUACACUUGUAGAGAUCACUCGCUGAACUCAUUACUGCUUAGUGUUAGAGGUUCGAACGAGCCUUCCUACUUAAAGUCGAGCAUGCCUGGAGCCUUAGUGGAUAUGAAAUCAUCAGAAGAUGAUGAUAGUGUAAAAAUUCCUGUUAAAGAUGUAGUUGUAGAUGUAAAUGGUCUAAAAAAAUAUUCAUUGGUCCCAUCAGGGUGUGAAACACGAUCAAAGGGGGAGAACGUCGAAUUGCAAUCUCUUUUGCCCCAUUAAAUUCCUGGACUGUCUCGCCCUAGUGUACGACAUUCUGAAAACAAGUAUUGUUCUACUCCAAUGCUCAGCGCACCGAAACCCAAAAUUUUCUUUUGGUUCAUUCGGAAUGGCACCGGACUAUCCACUACUGUUUACUGUAAUAUACAUCCCGUUCUUCUU